UUUGAAGGGCCGGCGGAAGUGCGGUGCAGCUCACGCAGAUCCUGCAGAGCCGGAGCGUAACGGUGCAGAAAACAGGCAGAAAGCGGUCAGAACCGGGUCAGGAUGGAGGACCAACACUACCUGGAGCUGAGCGAGAACCCGGUCCAGUUCGAACACGCCUCCAGCGUCAACAACGUCUUCUUCGACGAGGCCAACAAGCAGGUGUUCGCGGUGCGUUCAGGCGGAGCCACAGGUGUUGUGGUCAAAGGCCCUGAUGACAAGAGCAGCGUCGCCUUCAGGAUGGAGGAUAAGGGGGAGGUCAAAUGCAUCAAGUUCUCCAUCGGUAACAAGAUCCUGGCUGUGCAGAGAACCCUCAAGUCUGUGGAUUUCAUCAACUUCAUCCCCGACUAUCCGCACACCGAGUUCACGCAGGAGUGUAAGACCAAGAACGCCAGCGUCCUGGGAUUCUGCUGGACCAGCUGGAACGAGAUCAUCUUCAUCACAGACCAGGGAGUCGAGUUCUACCAGGUGUUCCCAGACAAGCGGAGCCUGAAGCUGCUGAAGAGCCAGAACCUGAACGUGAACUGGUACCAGUUCUGUCCCGAGACGUCGGUGCUGCUGCUGUCGACCACCGUGCAGGGAAACGUUCUGCAGCCGCUGGUCUUUAAGGUGAGUCCUGGUUCUGACCCGGUACCAGGUACUGACCCGGUCCACUACGGUGCAGGGAAACGUUCUGCAGGGCUGGUCUUUAAGCGAGCCAGAGCCUUGGUUUUAGCCAAUCAGGAACAGAGGAGGGCGUGUUGGAUCAAGGGGGUAGUCUGGGGGAGCAGUCGCCCCGUCGCCCUCCUCUCCCCGCCGCCGGAGGUGCGGCGUCCGGCCCGCCUCGCGGGGCCUUCGUCCAGCGGCGUCCCCGCGUCGUCGGGCGGGGUAUUUCGCGGGGCGGUGUCCGGCACCGCGCGGAAGGCGAUCCGGUGGGGGGGAUCGGAUCUGGAAGCUGCGGUCUCUCCAGGUGCUGAUCAGGUUUCUGCCGGGGUUCUUCCCAUCGAAGCUUUCAGUCCAAACGGUCUCCCGACUCUCUCUUCUCCUUCCGACUCUGAAAUGAAGAGGACGGGGUGCAGCGUUGCAGCAGCCGGCGGUUCCCCCUGCUCCAGGGACGGUCCCUGUAAAAAGAGUCACGUGUUGAAACUGAACACGACGGGGAAGUUUGCUCUGAACAUUUCAGACAACCUGGUGGUGGUUCAUCACCAGAGUUCUCAGACGUCCCUGAUCUUUGACAUCAGGCUGAAAGAACCCGACUCUGCCGUCAACCAGCACCAGCCGGUUCUGCCGGGCCGGUCCAUCCACCCCUACCGGGUCCCGCUGGCAGGUCCUGCCGUCGUUCCCUCCCAGCCUCCGUUGCCGUGCCAACUGUACUCCUCCUCCUGGAGCGUCUUCCAGCCCGACAUCAUCAUCAGCGCCAGCGAAGGUUACCUGUGGUACCUGCAGGUGAAGCUUCCUCCGACCGUCAACCUGCUGCAGGACAAAGGGAAGCUGAUGGAUUUCCUGCUGCGGCGCCGGGACUGCAAGAUGGUGAUCCUGGCGGUUUGUUCCCAACUCCUGGGUUCCGGGGAGGACGGGUCUCUCCCCGUCGUGGCCACCGUCUUCGACAAGCUCAACCAGGUGUACAAGGAUUACCUGGAGGCGGAGCAGAGCUACACGCAGGCGGUGGAGGCGGGAACCGGCCGUGGCGGCUCCGCCCAGAAACGUCCCGUCAGGACUCAGGCGGUGGUGGAUCAGUCGGACAUGUACACACACGUGCUGUCCUGCUUCACGGAGAGGAAGGACGUGUCCCACAAGUUUGUCAUUGCUGUCCUGAUGGAAUACAUCCGCUCCCUGAACCAGUACCAGGUCACCGUGCAGCACUACCUGUACGAGCUGGUGAUCAAGACGCUGGUGCAGCACAACCUGUUCUACAUGCUGCACCAGUUCCUGCAGUACCACGUGCUGAGUGACUCCAAGCCCCUGGCCUGUCUCCUGCUGUCCCUGGAGAGCACCUACCCUCCAGCCCACCAGCUGUCCCUGGACAUGCUCAAGCGUCUCUCCACGGCCAACGACGAGAUCGUGGAGGUUCUUCUGUCCAAGCAGCAGGUUCUGGCCGCGCUGAGGUUCAUCCGGAGUGUGGGCGGCCACGACAACGUCUCGGCCCGGAAGUUCCUGGACGCGGCCCGGCAGACGGAGGACCAGAUGUUGUUCUACACCAUCUUCAGAUCCUUCCAGCAGAGGAACCAGCGGCUCCGGGGGAGCCCCGCCUUCACCCCAGGGGAACACUGUGACGAUCACGUCUUCCACUUCAAGCAGCUGUUCGGGGAGCAGGCGCUGAUGAAGAACAACACCGUCUGACAGGAAGUGAUGUCACCGCCGUCUGACAGGAAGUGAUGUCACCGCCGUCUGACAGGAAGUGAUGUCACCACCGUCUGACAGGAAGUGAUGUCACCACCGUCUGACAGGAAGUGAUGUCACCACCGUCUGACAGGAAGUGAUGUCACCGUCGUCUCACAGGAAGUGAUGUCACUUCCCCCCCAUCAGGUAGCCAUCAGGCUACCUGAUCAGGAUCCAGAUCAGGAUCAAGACGACUGACAGAAACCUGAGAUGUUGUUCUGUUAGAUACUUACUGUGAUGAAGAUGAAGAUGAUGGUGAUGGUGA